AUGACUCCCAGCACUAGCCAAAAGUCUAUCCGACUGCCUCCCGCGUCCCGCUUGAGGGACCUCCCUCCGGUUCCUGUUUACGACGUGACCAAGUUCCCCGAUCCGCGAACCCAGAAGCUGCGAAACCUCCUUGAACAAGGCCAUAUCACGGUUGCGCCGCUGCGUGACCCAGAGCUGAUCCUGCACAGUCACUUGCCGCAUCUCCUUGGCUCUGCGUAUGCGCUGGGUGCCAACGGCGACCAAUUGACCAGGACAUAUGAACAUGAAAUUACCCAGUUGGUCCCUAUUGCUCGGGGGUUCAUCCGAGGCGAGGCCAUUUCCAAGGAAAACUGGAGGGAUUUUCUGACUCGUAAAGAGUACACUGUGGCAUACCAGGACUUCUUCGAUAAUGAAGUGAAGGAAAAACAGGGAGACUGGGGAAAGGUGCUUGAAGAGUAUCUCUACUCCGGCACGGAGCCACUGGUGAACGGCUGUACUGGAGGCUUGGGCCACCCGGUUAUCCAUCUCGCCUACGCGUACGAGUUCCGCAGCAAAGAGGUAGCGGCGCAAGCCCUCAGUCAGGGGUGCACGGAGUACAAUCCUAUGCAUACCGUCCUUGACCAGGCGCCACCUGACACAUCGAAGUAUAAAACGACCUCCCUGGCUGAGGUCUUUGAGAAAGUGCGGCAGGAUCCACGACUGGACGGUCUGUUCUCCGAGCCUGGCAUCGCCAACCUCGACGUCCUAUACCAGGAGCAAAACAUUGCUGUCGUGCUGGAACACUGGAACGCUUGGGAAGUCACUGACCUCCUACCCCAGUUUGAGGAAUGCUGCGACCUGGCCGUCCUGGUGGCCCUGAGCAAUGGCAACCCACGGGACUCGUUCGACUUUUUCAAUGUCCACUUCAUGACUGUUGCCCACGCGCUGCGAGUGUUGUGGCAUUACUUCCCCACUGACCGCCGCGCAUCCAUCUUGAAACAGUAUGCGCUCUUCGGAAUCAUGACCUACAUCUGCCAGUUGCGGCCCCGCUUCUCCCUCGACUGGAUCGAAGCCGUCGAGGUAGAUGGCCGGGACUGGAAUUGGGUGGUUGAUACCGCAUUGGCGCACAAGUGGGCUCUGGAUGCCCAUUUCUUCAAAGUGGUGCGGGCUCCGAAGGUCUUCCAGGAGACGUUUGGUCGUAAGGAUGACUUUUACCUCAAGGCGGCCAUCAAGUAUGUGACUGAAUUCGAUGGAUGGGAGGGAUACGGCGAGGGUGUUGCGGGUUUCAUUCCAAGCCGAGAUGGAUAUAGACCCGAGUGA